AUGAGACUAACUGCUUUGUCUGUGAGAAGCUUUGAUGUUGUGGGCUCCCCCAUCGCCAGCUUGGUGAGAAUCUCCAGCCAGGCCAGGUCAUUGUCGACUGUGUCGCGACCCUUCUUCAGCUUUACUCAAUGCUGGGGAAGCUCUUUGGUACAAAGACUUGGAAGCAAAAAUGAUAGAAACGUCUUGGGAACUGACUUCUGGAGGCCCUACUACAAAUUGGCCUCGAAAGACCCUCUGAAAACUGCUGUGGCUUUUGACAAAACUGUGCAGAAGGACAUUGAGAAAGAUGGUUCCUACAAACUAUUGAAAAAUAUCUUUGAUAAUGAACAAUGCUGGCUGUCCUUUUCCAAAAACAAGGACUACUUGAGUGGACUAGCAAACAUACCGAAUUUGAGUAUUUUUGGCAAUGAGCUGCGAACUGGGUUGUUUAUGAAUCCAUACUUGAAAAAACCUGAAGAUUUAGAAAAAUUUUCAGAUAUAAUGGUCACAAAGAUUGAGAAAUUAUUACAAAAACUAAUUGUGAAGAAUCCCGAUGAUGAUAUUUUGAGAAAUUACAUCAAAGACCUAGAUUAUUUAAGUGAUUUGUUAUGCAAAGUUAUUGACUUGUGUUCAUUUUUAAGGGUUUCCCAUCCAAAUAAAGACUUUUUAAAAUACUCUAAUCUUUCACAUCAAAAAAUGAACGAAUUGAUGAUAAGAUUAAAUACCUCGUUUGAUUUAUACACAAAUUUAAAUGAUAUACUAAAUAACCCCUUAAAAGCUCAUAUUAAAGACUCUCUAUCAAAUGAGGAAAUUCUUGUGGGCAAAAUUUUACUUAAAGACUUUGAAGAUUCUGGGAUCAAUUUAAGCGAGGAAUCUAAAACAAUUUAUAUUGAAUUAUCAAAUAAAAUUUCUCAUUUAGAAUACGAAUUCAUUUCAAAUUCAAGAGAUUCAAAUUUUAAAAAUUCCUCAAAUUUGGUUUUCAACUAUAAAGAUUUAAUAUCGUCCUUACCAGAAGAUUUUAUAAAUGAAAAUAAUCUUUUGAAUAUUUUUUCACAUUUUACCUUCAAAAAUAAAAUCAGAAUCCCCACAAUGAGUUCCAUAUCAUAUAAAGUUUUAAUGGCAUCAAAUAAUGAAGAUAUAAGAAAAAAAAUCUAUCUAAGCCUUUAUUCUCAUCAUGACUCUCAAAUAAAAAUCUUAGAAAAAAUUUUACUCUCAAGAAAAAUCCUAUCUCUAAAAUUAAAAUACAAUACUUUUAAUCACAUUCAAUUAAAGGAUAAAAUGUCAAAAUCUCCCGAAAACGUUUUGUUUUUUCUAGAUAAAUUAAUAGAUAAAGUUAAACCAAAAUGUAUAGAAGAAUUGAAAACUUUAGCGGAAAUCAAAUGGCUAGACUUGCAAAAUUAUAGAAAUAGUUCCAUAAAAGUAAACGAUCCAAGCUUAGAAAUAUUUCAUAACUCAUUUAUCAAAAAAUCUUCUGUUGAUCAAUUAGAUGAUAGCCAAUUAAUAUCUUUUAUUAGACCAUGGGACAGAGAUUAUCUAGCUGCAAAGUUAAUUCAGCAAAAAAGAAUAAAUUUAUACAACCAUGGAAAUGGUGUAAAUGUUCCACAAAUUCUUAAUAGACCAAUUUCUGAAUAUUUUUCACUCGGUAACGUAAUGGAAAAAUUAUCAAAAUUUUUAUCAAUUAUUUAUGGAGUAAAAUUCUUACCCAUAAAUCCUAUAAAGGGAGAAACUUGGCAUAAAGAUGUUAGAAAAGUGUUACUUGUUGAUUCAAAAGAUGAAAAUGAUAUUAUUGGAAUAAUAUAUUUUGAUCUAUUUGAAAGAAAUGACAAAUCCCCAAAUCCUGCUCACUACACUAUUGUUUGUUCAAGAAAGAUAACAAACCCUCAAGAAUUGAAUGAAUGUGAAAUAUUAAAUGAUGACAAAGUUCCUCAAAACAAAAACUCAUCUCAAGGUUUUAUUCAGUGUGCUAGAGAUUUGAACGGUGAUGUUUACCAAUUACCUAUAAUUGCUUUAAAUUGUAACUUCAAACAGCAGUCAAAGGUCCUCUUAAAUUCAAACUUGACUCAAAAAAUGGCUUUUCUCUCAUUAUCUGAUUUGCAAACUUUAUUUCAUGAAGUUGGUCACUCUUUACAUUCAAUGUUUGGAAGAACAAAUUUACACAAUGUCUCUGGUACAAGGUGUUUAACAGAUUUUGUGGAAUUGCCCUCAACUUUAAUGGAAACUUUUGCAAAAGAUAUCCGUGUUCUAGAAUUUAUCGGUGAACAUUAUGAUUCCAAAAUACUGAAAGAUUUUAAUAUAGGGCCUCAUGAAGAAUUGCAUGAAUCAAUUUAUCUAAAUCAAUCAGAAAAUGAUGUUUUGAAAUAUUGCGAAUUGUAUUCUCAAAUAAAAUUGGCCUAUAUUGACCAACAGUUGCAUCUCAAUACUCCAAAUCCAAUUUUUUAUAAGGAUGGAAUUAAAAGUGAAAUUACACUUAAAAAUACAAAUUUGAUAAAUUUAAAUAACGUAGAAGAUUUAGUUCAGUCUAUAACUAAUUUUGCAAAGGAAAUUUAUUGGGAUACAGAAAAAAAAUUGCAAAUAUUUGCUGAUGAUGAAUCAAAAUGGAUAGGUGGUUGGAGUCAUCUUUUAACAUAUGGUUCAACUUAUUACACAUACACAUUAGAUAGGGCCAUUGCCGCUAAAAUUUAUAAUGAAUUAUUUUAUCAAAACCCCUUUAAUACUAACAAUGGCCAUAUAUUUAAAAAUUCGGUUUUGAAAUGGGGAGGCUCAAAAGAUCCAUGGGUAUUAAUUUCAGAUUGUUUGAAUGAUCCUAAAUUAAAAAGUGGUAACAAGGAUUCAAUGGAUUUAAUAAGUAAAAGUGAUCUUUUAGAAGACGAACUUUAUCAUUAUGUAGAAUAG